CUUUGCAAGACAACGUCUAUUCUUUUUGAAAUGAUUCGGUACUCAUGGAGAAAUUCAGAGGAUAUGGAGCGAUCUCGUGGCUAUGAAAUAUUUGCUUAUUUGUUAAAACAAAAGCGAGAUUUGAUUUCACCAGAGCUUCUUGAAUUACUUCUUGUGUUUGUUGGAAAGAACAGUACUAGUCCAGAGUAUGUUCUUCUUUUCUUUUCUUUUAAUUUAAUUUAA